CGUGGUACGUGGCCGGCGGCGCCGGCGAGCGCGGGUCGCGUGGCGGUGCGUGGUUGCUAAGGGCGCCGAGGCUGCCCGCCCGGCAGGCCAGGGAGGAGCAGCGCGGAACCAGGCACCGAAGCCGGGACGUAGCGGGGGUCUGCAAGGAGGAUCCUGGGAAUUAUCUCUCAAAUAAAAAUAGGACCUCAUUCUCUUCCCUCUCUUCCUCCAUUUGACUCUCAUCACCUCCAGGCUGACGGAUCCCAAGGAUGCUGCCGCUGCUGCCUGAGGCGCAGGGCACCGUGCAUGAGCCAGGCCCCAUGUGGCUGUGAAAUGGCUCCCUCAUGGCCUCUGCAGGGACAGAGCACUAUAGUCUUGGCCUCCGCCGAGGAAACAGCUUCAAGCAGGGUGGUCCCCCAGGCACAGUGCCGCCCCCGCCAGCCGAGAAACCCUCUGAGGGCAGAACCUGGUAUCAGGCGCAGCAGCAGGUGAAGCCGAUCUGGAGACUAGAGAAGAAGCACGUGGGCACCCUUUCAUCGGGGCAGGGCCCGGGCGCCCUGGGGGUCUCGCCCCAGCCAGCGUACUUUUUUUAUCCCAACACCCUGUGUAAUUCUGGGGCCACAGCUGUCAUCGCAGGCCACGGCAACUCCCCCUGUCAUCUGCACUCCCUCCCGGACCUCUUCAGCAGCACUUUGCUGUACCGCCGCUCCAACUACAGACACAAACCUUACCAGCAACUUGAGUCUUUCUGUUUACGGUCAAACACAUCGGACAAAAGGCCCUUCACUCUCUCCAGAAGGAGCCUUCCUGUAGGUCUCCCUGCCCCUAAGGUCAUCACCCCAGCCACAGGUUCCACCCUUCCCGGGGCUAUGGCUUCCUCAGCCACAGACCCAUGUCUCCCACUGAGAGCUGCUGGGGAGCACUCUUCAGGGAAGAGCGCCUCCCCUGCCAUCUCGGGGAAGAUCCCCUCCUCCCUCUCUCCCUCCUCCUACAAGCCUGUGCUCAAUAACAAUUCCUUCCUGAGGCCAAAUAGCACUAAAGUGCCUUCACAGCAGGCCUCAGAGGGUCUGAAGCCAGUACCCCCACCCAAGAUCCCAGUGCCUGUCUCUUGGCAUCAUUCAGGGGGCACUGGAGACUGUUCCCCCCUGCACCUUGACCACAGGGUAUCCAAGAGCAAUGGCACUGCCCCCGACCAUGCCACUGCCCAUCCCACUACCACUCCCACCCUUAACACCCUAACCACCACCACCACCAGCCCCCCCACCAGAGGUGCCUCUCCCACCUAUAUGCAGAAUGUCUCAUCCCCAAGGGCAGAACGGCCUUCCUGGACCUUAGAGGCUAAGGACAAUUCCCGGGCCUUUUCCAGGGAGAUCCGAUUGACUGAGGCUGUGAGAAAGUUGACAGGGAGGGGCUUUGCCAAGAUGGGGCAAGGCUACCGGCUUGAACGGUCCUGCCUCAUGAACCCCAGCUUCCACUGGAGUCUCCUUAAUGGGAAUGGACGGUGGCAGCCCCCUGUGGUGAGCCCUCGGUUUGCCCGAGAGGAUUCUGUUUUGGAGACUAGACCCCUCCCCGAUGGCUCUGACAGCGUGGGGUUGGACAGCACCGUCUUCUGCACGAAACGCAUCAGCAUUCACCUCCUUGCCUCACAUCCCACCGCUCCGAACACUGAACCUGCCGGCGGGGCCGGGGCCAGCACCGCUGGAGAAAAGCCCCCGGCUCUCAGUGUGACAGAUGUGACCAACCGAAUUUCCUCCAUCCAUCUGAGUCAGCCAGCUAAAGGACAGAAAGAGGGCAAGCCACAGCCGCCACCGCAGCCGCAGCAGAACGCAUCUGUUAGAAGCUUCAAUUCAAAUACUGAUGUAUUUCGUGGUGAGGCUGAGGAUGUAGAAGAGGAGCUGGGAGAUGGGUUAGAAGACUGUUGUAGCCAAGAUGAGGAUGAAGAGGAAGACGAGGACUCGGAGUGUUCUUCUGUCAGUGGUGUCUCAGCAAGUGAAUCGGUUGCAGUGAUCUCUCGGAACUGCAUGGAAGUUCUGGCCAAACCCCUUGCCAACCAUGAGAAAGUUGUCCGGCAACCCCUUAUCUACAGUCUCUUUCCUAAUGUACCCCCUACCAUCUACUUUGGCACGAGGGAUGAGAGAGUGGAGAAGUUACCCUGGGAACAGAGAAAGCUGCUUCGUUGGAAAAUGAGCACAGUGACUCCCAACAUUGUCAAACAGACCAUCGGACGCUCACACUUCAAAGUCAGUAAGAAAAAUGAUGAUUGGCUGGGCUGUUGGGGCCACCACAUGAAAUCUCCCAGUUUCAAAACAAUUCGGGAGCAUCAAAAGCUGAACCACUUCCCAGGCUCGUUCCAAAUCGGGCGGAAGGACCGGCUAUGGCGCAACCUGUCCCGCAUGCAGAGCCGCUUUGGCAAGAAGGAGUUCAGCUUCUUUCCCCAGUCGUUCAUCCUCCCACAAGAUGCCAAACUUCUGCGGAAGGCCUGGGAGAGCAGCAGCCGUCAGAAGUGGAUUGUGAAGCCGCCAGCAUCAGCCCGAGGCAUUGGCAUUCAGGUCAUCCACAAAUGGAGCCAGCUACCUAAGCGAAGACCCCUUCUAGUGCAGAGGUAUCUGCAUAAACCCUACCUCAUCAGUGGGAGCAAGUUCGACCUGCGUAUCUAUGUUUAUGUCACCUCAUAUGAUCCCCUUCGGAUCUACCUCUUCACGGAUGGACUCGUCCGCUUUGCUAGCUGCAAAUAUUCCUCUUCCAUGAAGAGCCUUGGCAACAAGUUCAUCCACCUGACCAAUUACAGCAUCAAUAAGAAGAACACUGAGUAUCAGGCCAACACCGACGAGAAUGCUUGCCAGGGCCAUAAGUGGGCUCUGAAGGCCCUGUGGAAUUAUCUGAGCCAAAAAGGGAUCAACAGUGAUGCCAUCUGGGAAAAGAUUAAGGAUGUCGUUGUCAAAACCAUCAUUGCGUCCGAGCCUUAUGUGACCAGCCUGCUCAAGAUGUAUGUGCGCCGGCCCUACAGCUGCCAUGAGCUCUUUGGUUUUGACAUCAUGCUAGAUGAAAACCUGAAGCCCUGGGUCCUCGAAGUCAACAUCUCUCCAAGCCUUCACUCCAACUCACCGCUAGACAUCAGCAUCAAGGGCCAGAUGAUCCGAGACCUCCUGAACCUGGCGGGCUUCGUUCUCCCCCACGCAGAGGAUGUCAACUCCAGCUGUGGCAGCUCCAGCAGCUCCACCAUCAGUCUUAGCAGUUCCACAAAGGAGAAGACUAGGCUGGCUCCAGAGUACUUCACAGCAGAGAAAAUGAAGAAAGCCUAUUACCUGACACAGAAACUGCCUGAUCAGGAUUUCUAUGCGUCGGUGCUGGACAUCCUGACGCCAGAUGACGUGCGGGUCCUCGUGGAGAUGGAGGAUGAGUUCUCACGCCGGGGCCAGUUUGAGCGGGUCUUCCCCUCUCGAGUCUCUGCCCGCUAUCUCCGUUUCUUUGAGCAGCCGCGUUAUUUCAAUAUCCUGACCACGCAGUGGGAACAGAAGUAUCACAGCAACAAGCUCAAAGGGGUGGACCUGCUCCGGAGUUGGUGCUACAAAGGCUUUCACACCGGAACCAUCUCUGACUCUGCUCCCAUGUGGUCGCUGCCCAGGUCACAUAUCGUCAUGAAGGGUGACAUUCUCCUCAACGCCUUCUGUAAAACGGACCUGAACAAGCUGGGGAAAACCUCCCAUGUUACAAAGGACAAUGAGGACACCACCCAAGACUCCAGCCCCUGCCCUCCAGUGUUACCUAUGCUCAAGUAUUCAGGGCAAGCUCAGAGAUUCCCUGUUUCCCCCACGCCCUCCAAAGCCAACAACAACCUUGUUGCCUCUGUGAACCCAUGAUCAGCUUCCUUCCACUAACCCCACUCCCUCCCCAGGAGCACCAGCGAUAGCUACCUCAUGGGAACCGGCCUGCCGGCCAGCCUGGAACCCCAACCCUGUCCACCCUGCCCCUGGUCAGAGUAUUUUUGGAAAAGGUUGAAUUCCAGAGAGGGGGUUUCUAUGGGGUUUAGAGGGAUGGUGGAGUUGGGGAAAGGGCAAGGAGGGGGCUAAGGGCCCCCCUCCUGCCUUCUUGCCCAGCUCCUGUCAUCCCAGCUGAGAAGCAAACAGUGGCCAUUGCAGCCUUAUAAAGCAGGGUUUGAUUUCUAUCCUUAGAGCCAUGUGUGAUUUGUUUUCUGAUCUAACAAUUGAACUCUUUCCCCUCAUCCAUGCUUUGGGCCAGACACCUCCUCGUUUUUUCUCCAUCCAGCCCCUAGAUAGCAGUUUGAGAAUCCACAUCAGCUUUAUCCAGUGGAGCGUGUCAGGGGGACGGAACAUUUGGGGGUCAGAAGGGAGAACAGCAGCAAGAGCACAGCCUGCUUGGUUUUGGCCAUAGAUCCUCUCCUGCUCCGUUUUCCACCUUCCUCUGUAUCCUAGGGCUCUCUUGAUCCCAGCACUGACAUAUACACCAGCCCUAGGUGUGUUCUCUUUAGGGAGAACCGCUAUCCCUCUUUGUCAGAGUAGUAGCUGGCUUCUCAGCGUCAGAUUGGACGUUGGACGUUUCUUCUGCCUUUAGUGAGGCAGCCUCUCCAAUCAAUCCCAGCUCUUCCUUCCUAAGACUGAAGGGUAGGGCUGAGUGAGGCCGACACUGUAGUCCUUUCUCCCCUUUCAGUUCUUUUUUCUGAGGAAUACACCCCAGUAGUCCCUCCCUCUCCUGCUUUGUGGGAAGGUCUCUGGGCACCUGCUACCGUGGAAGCCAUCAGGUUUCUCUCCCCAUGCUCCGCUCCUCUUCUCUCCUCCAGGGCCAAAGUGGAAAAUACAGUAAGUUCCACACUAGGCCUGUGGGCUCAGAAACCUCUCAGUUGUUGCACUCGGCAGGACUGGCCUGGGAGGGAUGACCCACUGCAGACGAACAGUGUCUAAAUCUUCCUGCACACAACCACUGCGGCUCUCACCUCAGAUUCUUCCAUCCUGUCCCUACCAGGACUCCCGCUUCACCCCUCCUCCGUCCAUUUGUCACAUUCUGAUCAUCUCGUCUUAAAAUGGCUUCCUCCUUGCAGUCGAUGCUAUCGCCCAUCACCUUCUGACUCGUCCGCCACUGAAUCUGUGCAAGUCAAGAGAUUUCCGUGGGGUUAAAUAACUGCACGAGGGGCCCUCAGAUGGGAACUAUUAUCCAACCCUCGAGCUUGGAUUCAAGAUCCAGCAUUGGAAUCCAAAGAGCUUCCCUUCCCUCACUAGAGCCACAGAAUGUCUGGGUUGGCAGGGACCUUGGCAGCCAUUUAAUCCAACCUGUACUGGAAAAAGAGAACCCCAUUUGCCUUUACAUUAUGAAUUCAAUUGAGGAGAAAUCUGGUACAUCCCCAGAUAAUCCACUCCACUUUUGGAUAGCUCUAAUUGUUAGGAGUUAUUUCCUUACGUCCAGUAUAAAGCUGCCUCUGAAACAUCUACCCAUAUCCCCUAGUUUCUGCUCUCUGCAGCCAAGAAGAACAAGUCUAAAUCUUUUUCCAUAUAUAUGACAGACUUGGAUGUGCUUGAUGACAGCUGUCAUGUCCCCUCUAAGCCUUUUUUAAAAAAGGUAUUUUAUUGAAACUUUUUUUAAAAAAUGGGUGUCUUUUCCUGAUACUAUGUCCCACCAAUAGAGCCCAGUCUUGUAAUGUAGAUGUAUAGAACUAAGCCCCCUAUCGACCAGGUCGGACCAUGUAUACCCCUUCUGCAGCUGUCGCCUGCCACUUCUAGACCAGGAGGAGAGAGGCAGGAGUCAGCAUCGGUCCUCUGGAGCCAAGACCAUGGAUCAGUAUUGUUUGAAUUACUGUGCCUGUUGUGUAUAUAUUUUUUCCUUGGUUCUGCAUAAUGAUAGUUAGCUGACAUAGAGCUGGCAGAUUACAUGCUUUGUCUCUUUUGAAUCUCAAAACAACUUGGUGAGGUAAGUGCUCCUAUAAUUAUUCCCAUUUUACAGGUAAGGGAACUGAGGCUCAGAAGUUAAGUGACUUGCCCGUAGCCAAAACUAGUAAAUAUCAGAGUUGGGAUUUAAACCCAGGGCUUCCCAACUAUAAGCACCACACUGCUUAUUUUGCUGUUUGUUCAUCCAAAUCAUCCUGCUUUUCAGAAGUGUUUCUGAAUUUUCCCCAUCUGUUGCUGCUUACUGUGAAAGAAUAUGCCAUUAACACUUAUGGGACAACAGUUUGUUCUAACACAGAGACUUGUUGGGAAUCUUUUGUUAUACUGGGGCCCUUUCCGUCAUGGACGCCCUUGGGCUAUGUACCCAAGGGUGGGAUUUAAGUGUAAACAGCCUUCAGCCCUUCCUUUUGAGGGGUGGUUGAAUGCUUCUUGCCUCCUUGGAGGACUUUUUCUAGAGGAAUCCAGAUUUCGGGUGCCUUUACUAAAUAUGGCGUUCAGAACUAAACUCAGUCCUCUAAAAGUGGUCUGAGUGAGAGUCCAGGGGAAUUAUCCUUCCUCAGGUUGCACACUAUGUCUCUCUUAAUCCAACAUUGUCAGCCAAUUAUCAACAGUGGAUAGAGUUCUGGGCCCAGAGUUGGGAAGACCCGAGUUCAAAUUAAGCCCUCAGGCUCUUAUUGGCAGUGUGACCCGGGGCAAGCCACUUAAUCUUGUUUGCCUCAAUUUGUUUCCUCAUCUGUAAAAUGAGCUAGAGAAGGAAAUAGCAAACCACUCCAGUAUCUUUGCAAAGAAAACCUCCAGUGGGGUCAUGAAGAGUUGGAUGCAAUGGAAAUGACUCAACAAUUCAACAUAGCCUUUUCCGCCUACUGUAACACACUGUUAAUUUGCUGUAAGAUUUUAUUUUAGCCUUUUGAGAUCUUAUGGGUCCUUAGUCUGUCAUGCAGUACAUUUGCUACCCUUCCUAGUUUUGUGUCAUGUGAAAAUUUAAUAACCAUACCAUUCAUAUCUUUAUCCAAGUUAUUAAUAGGAGCAUCAUAGAAACCUAUGGAAAUAGAGGCUUAGAAAGUCAAUGAUUUGCCCAGGGUCACACUGCUAGUAAAAAGUCUUUGGGGAAGGUGUCUUAUUGCCUCUAGUUUAAAUUACUCCUUAACCUGGUGUCUAAGGCUUGCCCUAGUCUACCUCCAGCCUACCUUCCUGGCCAGACACAUUUCACACUAUCCCCUUUCAUAUAAAUGCUAAUGUUGGAGCCAUACUAUACCAUGAGUCUUGCCAUCUUCCACCCCACCCAACAUUCGUGGAGAUGAGGCAUCCCCUGUGCUGAGAAUGCACUCCCUUGCCAAUGCUAGUUCCGAUCUUCUCAGAGUUCAACUCAGGUGCCAUCUCUUCAAUGAAAUCACAUCCUGAUACCAUCACCUCCUUCAUAAUUGCCUAGAGCACUUUGGCUCACUCCCUGGGUAUAAGAAGCUAUUCACAAUUUUGUAUUGUACUUACUUGAAUAUGUCAUUUCCUACUCCCCAAAAAGUUAUAAAGACUUGAGGGCAUCAGCAUUUGGCGUAUUAAAUCAUAUCAUCCAGUAAA